AAGAAAAAUAUUUUAAAAAAUAUUUCAACCAACCAAAACAUACACUGAGACGAACACCCUAAAAAAACCCUUGAUUUGAUUUGGGUCCUCUGGGAUUGUGAUUCAAGGCAUGGAUAAUUCGCGUCCGAACUUGCUGGAGGAAGCGCUAGUGGAGGAUGGCAUCGGCAGUGUAAAGAUCCAAAAACGCGGGCGAGUGGUGGUGGUGGAGGACUGUGUUGAGACCAGCGCCGCUUUCGUGCUCCACCAUUUCCUUAAGCGCUCUCUACAACCUGACUCUUCCGACGUCGUCGUUUUCAUCGCCUUUGCCCACCCUUUCUCUCACUAUGAACGCAUUCUCCGCAAAAUGGGUUGCAACUUAGCUGUGCAGAGGAAGAAUCAGAGGUUCUUAUUUCUUGACAUGCUUAUGCUGGAGUGUCCAGACAGAAAUGGAGGGGAAGCAAAAGAAGAUGGAUUGCUUACAUUGUACGGGGAAAUUGAGAAAGCAGUAGAGAUAUAUUCGUCACUUGAAGGCAGUAGAACCAUUACAAUUAUGAUUGAUGACGUCUCCCUUAUGGAAGUGGCAGCUAAUGGUUCAUCAAAUCACGUGUUGGAUUUUCUGCACUACUGCUACACUUUGAAAGAAAAAUGUGGCUGUUCCCUUGUUACUCUUAAUCAUGAGGAUAUCUAUUCCAGUGCAAAUACGCUGCCAUUGAUCUUGCAACUGGAGUACCUCGCGGAUGUGAUAAUCAAGGCAGAACCUUUGGCAACUGGUUUAGCAAGUGACGUGCAUGGGCAGCUGACCCUUUUAAAUAAGGGAAGUGCUUGUGACUUGGGAAGCUCAAAUUCUAAGGUUCGCAAUUUUCACUUUAGGGUCAAGGAAAAUAAUGUAGACUACUUCUACCCGGGAACUCAGACUUGAAAAGAUGUCCUGUUCAUUGAAUUUGAACGUUGGCCAACAUAUCAAGACCGGGGGAUUAAGUAAUUGAUGUGCUAAAGCACUGGCCGAAAAUCUAAGGUGAUUUAAACCUUCUUUCAUCCUUUUGCCGAUUGGUUAGCAUAUGCUAAAGUAAAUUAUAUACCAGCUAUGGAAGACCAAGAAGCGAGGAGCAAGCUAUAUUUAUCCGUGAUCGAUGGCAAUUGGCAAAGCCUCCUGACGUGGUUAUCUUGCUAGAAAGGCAUUUAAAACUUAGUAGAAAACAAAUUUUACCUUGCAGUUUUGCCCUUCUUGUCCUUGUAUGCUGAUGCCCCAAUUCAAGUUUAGAGAGUUACUCCUGAGGUUUAUUGAUAAGAAUUCAGUUGCUUUGUGUUAUGUUGAA